AUGGCCAACACACAGUGGGCCUGUUCGGGCUGCUGUGUCGGGAGUGACGGAGUUGACACCUGCUCCUCACAGCUGGGAUGCGGAAUCCAAGGGAAAGAGUUGGGAGAGUUCCACAUAGCUGUCUUCCUGGGGGAUGUAGCGAAAGUGCAGUGGUUCCUUGCCCACCGGAGAAAGCUCUUGAACGAGACGGACAAGAAGGGCAGGACUGCUCUACAUUGGGCCUGCAUCAGCAGCCAUCCAAAGACGGUAAAUUUCCUGGUGGACAGAAAAUUCGGGCAUAACAUCUUUGACCGCUUACGGAGGGCCGCUUUCGUAAAGGCCAUCAAACGCCAGAGAGAGAAAUGUGUAACUCUUCUCCUGGAACAUGACGCUGAAAUAACACUUAAGGAUGCCCAUGGUAACACUCCUCUCCACUACGCUGCCUGUAACGGUGACUUAAUAAUAGCAGCAAAACUUCUUUCACAUGGGGCUAAUAUUGAAGUAAAAAACGAGGAUAAAAACACACCAUUUCUCUGUGCUCUAAAAAGAAAACAACUGAAAAUGGCAAAAUUUUUAAUAAUGGAAAAUGCAGAUAUACAUGCAGUUGAUAGAUCGAAAAGAACAGCCCUCAUGCUUGCCGUAUGCUGUCAGUCAUCAAAGAUGGUCAGUGUUCUUCUCAAGCAAAAUAUUGAUGUUUUUGCUCAAAACACACUUGGAUGGACUGCAGAAGAUUAUGCUCUUACUUCUGGCUCUGUUACCACUCUGGAUGGUGAUGAUGACUUAUGGGACAUGCCAGAUGUUGAAGAUUUCUAUUAUGAAACCAAGAUAUUUUCACAUACUCUUUACCUGGUUUUUACUGUAGUAGAAGCACGACGUGGCACAGUGAGGACAGAGGAUGCAGCCGGGAUUGAGGACAGGAAUUCUGAUACUCCAAAGGGAGAUGUGCUUAAAAGCCAUCCUUCCAGAUCAAAGAAAGCCCAGGCCUUUCCUGAAAUUGCCUUUCCAUCACCUGGCCCUUAUUCUAAACCUUCCCUCACAUCUUUAUCUGACCUUAGUCUUACAGAGGAGGGAGCAAGAAAGCCAGCAACUGGAAAAAAAGAAACAAGUGGUAUUGGUAUUAUUGACAGUGCUCCACGAGAGCCAAAAAGUAAUGACAAUUUUAUUUUUGUGUGCAAAAAUAAGGGUGAACCAGACUUUGUAGUGGCAUCAGCAGAAGAGCAAGAAAAGCUUAAAGGAAGUGAAAGUACCCAGCCACAGGUGAAAAACCAAAUGCAUUCUAUGAAUGACCUUGAUGACUUGACUUGGUCAUCUGAAAUAGCCUCAGGGGAUUUCAUAUUUACCUUAAAACAAGAAGAAGUGAAAAGAAGAAAUGCUGAAAUAUUACAUGAAAAAAUGAGGGAAAAGUUAAUGGAAAAAGAAGCAGAAAUGAAGCAUCAACUUACACAGAUUCCAUACGAUAUGGAAUUGAAAACUAUAAGAAAUUAUUCAAAUCAGAUUUCUCAUAGUCAUGAGAAAGAAAAAGACGUGUUGCAUGAAAAUCACAUGUGGCAAGAUGAGACAGCCAAGCUAAGACUAGAAAUUGACCUAAUAAACAAGCAGAAGCAGAAAUAUCUUAAGGAUCUUGAACUUUUACAAGAAAAGUAUGAUGACGUUCAAAAUGCUUUAAAACAGAAGGAGAAACUAUUAACAAAAACCAUAUCCCAGUAUAGUGGAGAGCUCAGUACUCUGAGAGCUGAGAAUGAAAUACUGGAUUCUAAACUGGAGAAAGAAAAACAAAACAAAGAAAGACUGAGUACAGAAAUUGAAUCUUAUUGUUCUAGACUGACUGCUGCUAUUCGUGACCGUGAUAAAAGCGAGACAAUAAAAAAAGAUCUAGAACUUAAUUUCCACAGUGCAGUAGGUGACUGGUGUUGCUUACAGGAAAAUCUGAAUCUUCAAGUUACGUGUCUUCUUCAACAACUUUCUAAAGCUGACAGUAAAUUUGAUAGCCUCAAAGUUGAGCUUGACCACACAAGACAGGCACUCAUAGAAAAGACUUCGGCUUUACAAACUGUGCAAAGAGACCUAAGCCGAAGCCAGUGUCAAAAGAAGGAAAUCGAACAAAUGUAUGAAAAAGAACAAGCUGAAAUGAAUAAAUACGUUGCAAAUCAGGAACGUAUAAAGGAGAAAUUAUCCCAGUUACAAAAUGAAAAUAUGUUACUUCAACAACAACUGAAGGCUGCUGAAGACGAAGCUGAUAUUAGAGAAAAGACAAUGAUUGGUAUCCAAGACCAAUUUCACGAUAUUAUAAUAAAACGUCAAGAUGAGAGUAAAAAGCACAGUCUUCUGUUAGAAGAGAAAAAUAAAGAGUUAAUUAAAGAAUGUAAUAAUUUAAAAGAAAGACAGUAUGAAUGGUGGAAAGUGAAAACAGAAACUGAAGCCCAACAGCCCCAUGACCGCACCCAUGCCCAAGGCGGUCAGAAGAAGCCCAAGGCCAACCGCCUGGACGAGGACACGACAGAGAAAGAACAGCAAGAAGCUAUUGCUCAUAUUUAUGAGGUACAAGAUGAAACGGAUGGGCUGACUGAAGAAGACAGGGCGGAGUUGAAAGAAGUCCACAAUGAAAUAAAAUGGGCUACAAGACAUGCUGAGAAGAUGCAAGGUGACAUGAAAAAGCUCAAAAUAGAAAAUUCAAAGUUAAAAGUCAUAAUCAGAGAGCAAGUCAACCAACUUGAGCAGCAUGAGAAAAACCUGUUAAGUAUAAGAUUGAUACUAACAUCAUGUCAAGAAGUCUUAGAGCACGCUGGUACUACAGAAACUCUGACAGAACUCAAUAGUUCGUAUUCUGAAUCUGAGCUCUCCACAACAGAAACUUCUCAAGAAGAUGUUGAUAAACCAAUAUUUGGAAAACAUAAGCAACUCUAUCUAAAAGUUUUAAAAGCUAGAAAAUUAUUGUCUAAUGAACUAAGCAUAGCUCAUGAUCCUCUCCUAGAGGCCAGAACUAGACUGCUCGCAGAGAAACAGAAUAGCAGAUCUUCAAGUGCCUCUCUGACUGCAACACCUUGUGUUAAAAAUGUUAAGGAAAGUUUACUUUCAACGGAAAGUUUACCCCGAGGGAAAACAGUGAUCCCUGCAUCAAGCCCAAGAGACUUCAAAUACAAGCCUGGUUAA